AUGGCGAAGGAAGCCGUGCUCUGGUGCGUCCUGGUGGUGGCCUGCCUCCACACCCUCAACGCCGAAAAGAGAAUACCCUCUGUGCAUGUGUUUACUCGCUAUCCUGUGGAGAUUGGCAAGGAGAACACCGUGCAGUGCUAUGUUGACGGGUUCCAUCCUCCCAAAAUCACCAUCACGCUUCUGAAGAACGGCCAGCCAAUGGAGAGUCAGCAAAGUGACCUUUCCUUUAACCAGAACUGGGCUUUCCAUCGGCUUGUCUUCGCCAACACCACUAUGGACGCGAAUAUCAAUUAUGCCUGCAGGGUGGAGCACGAAACCUUGGCUCAUCCCCGGACAGUCGAACUUGGUGAGCGCUUUUCUUGUUUUGAUCCCAUUCGUGCCCCCCUUUCCUUUUGUCUCAGCUCCUUGAAAUGCAGCCCAAUCUCUUAG